AUGAAAUUUAAAAAGCAUAUAGAAACAUUUUUACAAAUAAUGAAGGAAAAAGCACAAACCAAACUUUCUAAAUCAAAUAAUUCUCGAGCUGAAUUAUAUAACCGACUUGCAGUUUAUCGCCCAGAAUAUGAUAAAGUUGUUUCAUGGUAUGAACGGGUGACUGGUUUAAGUGAAGUUCGAGUAGCCCAAGAUAGAGUGUUGGAGUCUCAAAAGCAAUUUAUGAAUGCCCAAGAUAGAAGAAGAGAUGUAUCAGUGGAACUAAGAACAAUUCAAAACAAACUUAAAGACAUCCGAAAUGAACUUCUAAAUACUUCUAGAUCAGAUGAUAGGUACAUUGAAUUAGUAACACAGGAACAUGCUUUAUUAAAACAAGAAAACCUAAUCAUCGAUCGGGUUAACUAUAGUGAAAAGGAGGAAAGAGAUAGUUUUAUAUUGCUCUCCACCACCUUAAAAGAUAGUCAUGAUCGAGAGAGAAUACAAGCGGAGAGAACUAAAUAUGUAUCUAUUGUUGGCUCAAUUCUAGGUACUAUUAUUGGUAUAAUUGGAAGUACUGUAAUCAAUGCAUGGAAAAUGAAUGAAUUCAAAAGAAUGGUGUUGGAUGCCAAAUUGGAUUCAUCAAAUUCAAAUAAAAGUGAUCAAAUUAAACAUUUAUUGUUACAAGUUCAAAAACAAAAUAAAAUGUUGAAAAAUGCACAGUUCAAGUUAAAUUCAGAUAAAGUGACAAAUUUCGUAGAGCCAGACUGGAAAUAUACUGACCGUGAUGUUAUUAUUUUGACAACUAUAAAUUGUACCAUAGUAGCUCUAUCAGCAUAUUUAGUGUCAAAAUUAUUUUAA